CACUUUUGCUGUCAGCUCCGUCUUUCCCUGCAUCGCGCCUUUUCCCCCCCAGUAGGCUCACCAGUAUAUCUGACAGCUCUUUUGAAGGAGAAAGCCUGCUACAGCGCAGAAGCGAUCACGCAGUGGGCGCCGCUGUGUAUGUGCGCGGCUGCGUUCAGGCUAGCACUGCGUGUGUCGCAGCCUUGAGCUUGCGUCGCCAAUAGGCAGUGUCAGUAGUGCCUUGUACUCGUGUUCAACGGCGACGAAGUGCUCUAUAUUUCGCUAGGCUCUUGCUCUCACGUCGCAUCGAAUUCGAAGCCAGAGCCUUCGAGAUGUCCCAUGGCGGUGUGUACAAGCAACGAGGCGGCGCUUCCUACUGCAUCACAUCAGGAUGAUUAGUAUAUAAUUCGCAGCAGCCGUUCACGUUCACGACCUGCAGAGCCUACGCCUUGCGCUCGCACCGACGUCGCAUUGAUCAGUAUGGAGUUCUUUGCGUCGCUGCUCGCUUCCAGCGCGUCUGCUUCGUCGUCCGACGCUGCCACGCUCGCCUCCCAGUCCUGCGCCCUCAUCAGCGACGUGCUCGAGUCCUCCAAGCUCAACACCGCGUCGUAUCCCCUCUCGACUGCGAAGUUCGCAAGAUACCUGCGGGAGCAGCACAUCGCCCCGUCGCUCCCCCUCAAAUGUGUCGAGACGUUCAAGGACACCUCGCCCGCAAGCGCUGUUGUGCAGGCGACGCAGGGGGUCCUGGGGCACCAGUUCACCGUCAUUACCGUCCUCCUUCCCCGCAAGCGCAAGACGCACAUCAAGGUGGACUACUGGGCCACGCCGCCCUCUGGGUCCGACUCGCAAUUGGUGGUCCGUCUCAGCGACGACCACGACUCGCUCACUCCGCACUGCACCCGCAUCUCGUGCAUCUCCGCCCCGCCCCCCUCCGCCGGCAGCAUCCCGUGCGGCGCGGCGCCGACCCUCGCCACGCUUGCGGAGUUGUUGAUCAUCGCGCACGGACGCCUCGCCGUGCGGCAAUACCACGUACUCGGGUACAACUGCAUGUGGAUGACGGACAUGCUCUUCUACACGCUCGCCUCGCGGCACGCCGCGCACUGGCUCACGGGCAGCCAGACCCCCGAGGCGCCGAUCAAGCGGUACCUGCGCAGCAGGAGCGGGGCAUUCGACACCGCGAUCGCGUGCGCCGCGCCGGACGAGGCGACGCAGUGGUGGCUUGCGCUGGUAGGGAAGGCGGUGCGCGCGAUCGAGGUGGCGGUCACCCAUGAAUGUGGGGAGGGAAGGUACGUGAUGCACGACAUGGAGGUCUCCAGUUGGGUCGAGGAGUUGGACAGGGGGAUGGAGAAGGCUAGCUCCAUGCAUGGCUCAUGAGGACGUCGAGUAGAUAUGUGGUGCAUUUUGUUAUAUACUUUACGUGGGAAGUGUGGGUGUACACAGAUACUCUAUAUGUUCUUUCU